AAGCUCUCGGUCAUUUCGACGCACCUUUGCGCCGCCUGAUGUCAUUAAAGGUUGGUUGACUCAAGAACCUCCUUGACUCAACUCAAUAAUAUUUGUAGUCGCGAGAGUACGUAUAAACGCGUAGAAGUUGGAAAGAAGUAUCGGGAACAGAUUGUUGAUACCUCAGUAAGAAAAUUGGCUGAUGAGCAGAGAAAAAAAUGGCUAAUCCCAAUAUCAUGGAUAUGACCGAGGAGGAUGCCGCUGGUCUUCAAUUUCCAAAAGACUGUCCGUCGAGUUUUUCGAAAGACUCGUAUCCAGAGCACGACGUAGAGCUCGAGGUGUCAGUCGUGAAGGAAGAACUCCUUACUUCAGACCCUGUGUGUAGUGCGUGUAAAUUAACUCUAUCCGAACCUUACAUAAGAUGUGUGGAGUGUCGUAAGACUGAAAUCUGCUCCAACUGUUUUUCAAAUGGUGCUGAAAGUAACACACACAAGAACAACCACAGCUAUGUUAUUAUAAAAAAUGAAUUUCCUAUCAUCUGUGGGUCGAGUUGGUCCGCUCGUCAGGAACUUGAGCUCCUUGAUGCUUUACAAGAAUGUGGUUUUGGCAAUUGGGUUGAUAUUUCCAGAAGAUUACAGAAUAAGACACCUGAGGAGUGCAAAAAGCACUACCUCGAACAUUACAUUGACAAUCAAAGUCUGCCAGGCUUGCCUAAAAUUAAAGAAACCACAGCAAGUCUCUUUUGCCAUGAAGUUGUACCAUACCUCUACAAGCUUCAAGAUUUAGAAGAGCCACCAAGAUUUGCCACAAACACUAUCAAUAGUAAAUUCUUGGCUGGGUACAAUGCAGCAAGGUCGGAUUUUGAAAUAAACUUUGACGAUCAUGCUGAGUCACUCAUCUCCGACCUGAAAUAUGACGAGUUUUGUUCAACUGAAAAGGACUAUGAACUUGGAAGAGAACUUCAGAUUGCUAUAGUAAAGGCUUACAAUCACAGACUUGAAGAAAGGCGCAGACGUAGGAGGAUUAUGAGAGAUCAUGGCUUAAUUUCAUUCCGAAGGACCAUGACGUGGCUCCAUAGAAUUUGACAAUGCUGACACCCUGCUGAUAUCCGAGGUGUGCAUGCUGCUGGAACACCGAAAAGCACAGAACGAAUCCGCCGAGGAGGAACAAGAGUUCUCCGAGGUGUUCAUGAAGAGUUUAACGUAUACAAAUCGGUUUCG